AUGGAAAUUGAUCUCGAUGCGUCCAUCAAGUCUGAAGUCUCCAAGGUGGAGGAUAUGUCCGUCGAUUCCCAAGACUCGAAGGUGGAACCACAAAUCAUCCCAUACCACUUUUGUCUCAGCUGUGGUACUCCCCGCAACUCCAACCUUGUGUACUCUGGAAUCUGUGUUUAUUGCAUGGAAGAGAAGAAGUACUGCAUUUAUGGAGACCACGAGGAAGAUCGUCCAGAGUUUGUCGACAAGUGUGGUGAUGAGCAUGUCCGCUGCAACAACUGCCGUGGUGAUGAGCCGACUGACUUCGCUGAGAGCUCUCACGAAACGAAGUUGAAACCAGAUGAUGACCAGUCGCGGGUUGUCGAAUCCCAGAUGGAGAUCGACCCUAAGGCCGACAAUAAGCCCGAGCUUGAAGUGCAAUCGGAGCUUGGUAUUGAAUCCCGAAUGGACUCUGAUCUCCUUGCCAAUACGUGUUCCCAGACUGAUAUCAAACCUUGGCUUGGCACCAAAUCCCAGCUCGAUGACGAAUUUCAGCUCGGUGACGAAUACUCGCCCGAUGAUGACCUUCCGCAGGAUUAUGACCUUCCGCAGGAUGAUGACCUUCCGCAGGAUGAUGACCUUCCGCAGGAUGAUGACCUUCCGCGGGUUGAUGACCUUCCGCCGGAUGAUGAAUUCCCGCAGGAUGAUGGACUCCCGCAAGAUUAUGGACUUCCGCAAGAUGAUGAAGCCCAGCCUGAUCCCGAAAUCAACUUCUUCGCUUACAAGACAGGUCAUAUUGAGAUUGAACCCGCCCUUCAGGUAUCUAAUGUCAAGCCAGAGUCUAUGGCCUCUAUUGACAUGAACAGUAUUCCACGGUUCCAAUGUUCGUCUAUUCAAGGUAUGGGCAAUCUUUUUGAUCCAAUUGUUAUCGAUUCGGAUUGA